GCCGUUAAUAAAUUUAAUAAAAAAGAGAGAACUCUGAAGUCAGUUCAAAGGUGUUAGUUGUUACUACUUACCUACUUUCGGUAAAUAAAAUUUGUGAUGAGUUCAGAAAGUAAACAGUGUAUAGAUUCAAUUUUAAUCAUAUUAGAAUAAAUAAUAAACAUACUCUAACGUAAAAAUGUCAUUCUCAUUUGGGUCUGCAACGACUUCACAAAGCAAUCCCUUUGGAGGCACAACAAAACCGGCAUUUUCUUUUGGAGGCACAAAUACUGCUACAACUAGUACAGCCGGAUUCGGAGGUUUCGGUACGAGUACAACAUCUUCAGGAUUUGGAACACUUGGUUCAACUAGCACUGCACCAUUUGGAAGCCUGGGAUCAACACCUGCUACAACAGCACCAUCUCUGUUUGGAGGGACUGGUUUCGGGAGUGCUGCAGCUAAACCAACUACAGGGUUUGGUGCAGGAUUCGGCACAAGUACCUUUGGCACUGGCACAGGAUUUGGUGCAAAUACAUCAUUCAGUGCACCACAGCAACAAUCAACGUUUGGGACAAAUACAUUUGGUACCACUUCAGCCUUUGGUACUGGAUCUACAUUUGGCAAUUCAUUUGGGAAACCUGCUACAACAGGGUUUGGAGGUUUCGGAACAGGGCUUGGAGCGACACCAGCUUUUGGCCAGCAACAGAAACAACAGCCACAGCAGCAACAACAACAGGCCCCGGGGCCUUCGAAUGCCCACGAAGCUCUAGUCGCAGCUGUAUUCAAUUGUGCUGUGUUUGGCGACGAAAGGGACCAGGUCCUUGCCAAGUGGAACUUAUUGCAAGCGCAGUGGGGUAAUGGUCAAGCAUACUACAGCCGAAAUGCACCAGCUCUUGAAUUAAAUGAACAAAAUCCGUUAUGCCGCUUCAAAGCUGUGGGCUACUCCCGAAUUUGUGGUAAAGAUGAUGCUGAUGGACACGUCGCCAUGAUCUUCAACAAACCGGAACAGGAAAUAAAAAAUAACCAGCAGGGAUUCAUUUCAUCAUUAUCAGGCCUUCUUGGGAACAAACCUAAUCUUGCUGUUAAUAUAGAAACUGUUGAAGCACUAUCAGAAAAGAAGUGUCAGGUCGUAGUGUACGUGGUUGAUAAGAAUAACAACAUGAAUAUUAAUGCGUCGGAACUGAGCACGUUCCUGAACAACGGCAGCCCGCGGAGCACGUUGAACAGCGCGGGGUGCGGCCACGUGGCACCCGUGACCAAGCCCACGAGCCACAUGCUGCAGCAGUACCUGAACUCACCACCCCCAGGUAUGGACCUGCGACUCUGGAAGCAAGCACAGGCUGACAACCCAGACCCGGAGAAUUACAUUCCUGUGCCAAUGAUUGGAUUCACAGAGCUCAAGUUCCGCGCCCAGCGCCAGUCGGAGCAGGCGUCGCUGCAGGCCAGCUACCUGCGCCAGGCGGCCCACACCCUGAGCGAGCUGCGCGUGCGUCGCGCCUCGUCGGUGGCCUCGCUCGCCAACCUGGCCGCCAGGUUCCACUCGAUGCGCCACUCGCUGUUGACGAUAAUAGCGCGACGGGAGGUGGUCGGCCGUGUGGGAGUGACCCUCAGCCCGGAGGAGGAGGCACUGCGCCUGAGGCUGCAGGAGCUGGGCUCUCAACUGUCGUCGCCGCCGCUCUACAACGGUCGUCUGAACGAGUUGUUAUGUGCGGUUCGUCUUCAGCGCAGCGCGAGUGCCGGCGUUCCAAGCGAACGCUACCAGUUGGAUCCAGGUGCUCAAGAAGACGUGAAGCAGUUCCUAUCACUGCAGCAGCGCGGCAUGGCACACCUGAUGGAGACUGCACGCCAAGACUUGGCAACACUGAACACGAUAGCGGAAGGAAUGUCCAAAUUGAUUCAGACAUAACAUACGAUUACCAAUAUUACCAUCAAGAUCAAGGAAAAUAUUUUACAAUAAAACAAUUUGAUAUUAAUAUAA